AUGAUGCGCUCCAACAACAGCUGCACAAUUGACGUCGAGAGGGUCUUUGGCCCGUCCGUCUCGCCUGCAUGCCUCGGCGGCUUCGACUUCACCCUGCUCUUUGAAGAGACCGUCCUCACAAUCCUGCCGCUGAGCCUGACCUUCCUCUUCUCUGUUGGACGCGCUCUGCAACUGCGAGAUGCGCUCGCCAAAGUCGACAAGUCAUGGCUUUUGCCAGUGAAGAUGGUCUCGUACGGGACGUACAUUGUUUUGCAGAUUGUCCUGCUGUCGCUGUGGGCGCAGCCGCAUGCUCCCAAAACGACGUCGACCCUCGCCGCGCUCUCCGUCACCCUAGUCACAUCCCUCUUCUUCCUGUACCUCUCGUACCUCGAGCACACGCGCUCGGUGCGGCCCUCGACCCUCCUGACGCUGUACCUGGGCCUGUCGACGCUGCUCGACCUCGCGCGCGUCCGGACCUUGUUUUACCUGCACGCCGCCGACCAUCUGGCCGCGGUAUUCCUGGCCGGCUUCUGCGUCAAGGCCGUCCUUUUCGCGUUGGAACUGUACGAAAAGCGCCGCUUGCUGCGCCCGAAAUGGAAAGAUGCCGCGCCCGAGGCGACGAGCAGCACAUACGCCAGAGCGCUGUUCAUCUGGUUGAAUAAUCUGCUGCUGCAAGGGUUCCGCUCAUCCUUGACCGUUGACACAUUGAUGCCCAUAGAUGGCGAUUUGCUCAAGGCGUCGGAGCCGUCGACGCUCCUGGCCAGGUGGAACAAAGCCGACCAAACCAAGAAACAUGCGUUGCUUUGGACUUUUAUUAUGCAUUACAAGUGGCAGUUACUCGCCGCUACGCCUGCCCGACUUCUUUACUCUGCAUUCACCCUCGCCCAGCCAUUCCUCGUUCAAAGAGUCCUUGACUUCGUUGCCGAGUCUCCCACCGAAUCCGACAACAGGACAGCCUACGGAUUGAUUGCCGCCUACGCUCUCGUCUAUAUCGGAAUUGCCAUAGCGUACUCGGUUUACGAGCUCAAGGUGUAUCGUGCCAUUACUCUCUUCCGUGGCAGUCUCGUCUCCAUCAUUUUCAACAAGACGCUGCGCGUCAGCUCCAACGCUGCGUCCGAUGCUGAGGCAAUGACCCUGAUGAGUGCAGACAUUGACCGCAUCGGCAUAAGCAUGGAGGACGUGCACGAGCUGUAUGCCGGCCCGACUGAGCUGGGUAUUACCCUCUGGCUUCUGUACAGGCUUCUUGGCGUGGCCAUGUCUGCUUCGACCGCCUUCAUCGUCGGUAGAUACACCUUUCUCCCCAAUUCGAUAGUAGCCACAAUCGCAGGAAAUGCUCAAGUUCCAUGGCUCGAGGCGAUAGAGACUCGCUUGGAAGCAACGUCUGGUGCGCUGGGCGCCUUAAAAGGCAUGAGAAUGACUGGCCUGAGCGGUGUCAUUUCCGCCAUGAUUACCCGCCUUCGUCAUGACGAGAUUCGGUCUUCGCUUCGUUAUCGUCUCUGGAAUAUUUUCCUGAAUGCGGGAUUCUACGUGUCGUCUACCUUUGCCCCCGUUUGGGGCUUUGGAGUCUUCAUCUUGCUAGCGAGGUCAAGAAACUCGCAAACCCUUACCGAACAAAUCAUCUUCCCGGCUCUGACCUUGUACGAGUUGUCAGAUCAACCCACUGUCAAUAUUCCCGAUGCACUUGAGCAUGCACAGACCAUUUUGAACUGCUUCGGGCGCAUCCAAGAGUACCUGACAGCCAAUGAGCAAGGUGACUCCGGCACUGAAGAGAUCGAAUCCAAGGUCUCGGGCAGCAACGAAAAGGACGAUAUGAGCACUUCCUCCUCGCAGGAGAAGCACGCAGCUGUUCAAGAGAAUGUAGUCUUGCAAAAACAAGCUCUGAUCAGCACUGGUGCCAUUUUCACUGCUCGCAAUGCCACAGCCGCUUACUCCUCGGAGAAGGAGCCUGUUCUCAAGGCUCUCACCUUUGACAUGCCCAAGUCCAAGACGACCAUGGUGAUUGGGCCUGUUGGCUGCGGCAAGUCUACGCUUAUGCGACUUCUCCUUGGCGAAGUGCCCGAGGUGGGAGGCUCUAUUGAGCGAAAGUUUCCCAGCUCCGCCUACUGCCCCCAGUCGUCUUGGAUCUUCCGAGGCACGAUCCGUGACAACAUUGUUGGCUUGUCUACAUGGGAUGAGCUCCGGUACAAUAGUGUCGUGCAAGCAUGCUCUCUGUCGGCUGAUUUUGAUAUUCUGCCCAACGGUGACCGCACCGAGGUCGGUACGCGCGGCUCGCACCUCAGUGGUGGCCAGCAAAUGCGGGUGUCCCUUGCGCGAGCCCUCUUUUCAGGUGAGGAUGUCAUCAUUCUUGAUGAUGUGUUGGCAGGAGUCGACCGUAUAACCGAGUCAAGCAUUCUCGAAAACGUGUUUGGUCGUGACGGACUGCUCCGUCGAUGGAAUGCUACAGCCAUCUUGGCCACAAGCUCAGACUUUGUCAUUGUCCUCGAUAGGCAAGGCAACAUUACUCAACAGUGCACGCCAGAGGAACUGUCUGACAUCAAGCUUGACCUGGAGCGCUCAGAGGAUAACAAACCGGUGAACAGGGACCCCGAGUUGGAUCUUGAACUUCCAGAUGAAAUUUUGGAGCACAUGGCCGCCGCUGAAGUAGAGGAUAUGGAGGGCAACCGAGGUGUUGGCGACGCCAAGAUCUAUAGCUACUUUAUCAGUGUGGCUGGUUGGUGGUACAUGGUGCUCUAUGUGUUCCUCUAUUCUUCCUUUGUCUUUGGUCUCAGAUUUCCCGCUCUCUGGCUUCAGUGGUGGGCAAAUGCUAAUGAGCACCACCCAAACGAACGCAUCGGAUACUGGCUCGGUGUCUAUGGUGCCAUUGCAGCGACCGCUUUCUUGGGCAGUGUCGCUUCCGACUCCGUCUUCCAGUUGAAGAUUGUCCCCAAGAUGAUGACUGAAUUCCACAACCGUCUGCUGUCCACGACGAUGCAUGCCACGACGAGAUUCAUCACCUCCAAAGACACUGGCACGAUUCUCAAUCGGUUCAGCCAAGAUCUCAACUUGAUUGACAGCGAGCUCCCUAGUGCGCUAGACAAGACGAUUAUUGCCAUCUUGUCAGCCCUCUUCUCCGCUGUUCUGGUCUUCAUUGGCUCCAGCUAUGUCGGAGCCGCCAUCCCGCUCUGCAUUGGCGCCCUGUACAUUAUCCAGCUGUACUACCUCCGCACAUCGCGCCAGCUCCGACUGCUGGACAUUGAAUCCAAGGCACCGCUGUUUUCGCUCUUUGUGGAAAGCAUUGAGGGUCUUGCCAGCAUUCGUGCUUACAACUGGUCCGGCAAUUACAUGCAGCGCAGCAUGGACAUUCUCAAUACAUCGCAGAAGCCCUACUACCUCAUGUGGUGCAUCCAGCGGUGGCUGACUCUGGUUCUGAACCUGGUCGUUGCGGCGGUCGCCAUCUUGCUAGUCGGCCUUGCGACCAAUAUCCGCAGCGGCUCGACCGGUUUCCUCGGUGUCGCGCUCUUCAACAUUGUCUCGUUUAGUCAGACUCUGCAGCUGGUCGUGACGGAAUGGACGCAUCUGGAGACGGCCAUCGGAGCUGUUAGCCGUAUUCGCUCGUUUGUGCUCGGAACUGAGCGAGAGGAUGCUGGCGGUGAGACGGAGGAUCUACCCGAUGAGUGGCCCAAGACGGGAUCAAUUACUUUUACAGACGUCUCUGCGUCAUAUGAGGCAAGCCUGCCGCCUGUUCUCCAAAACAUGAACCUCACCAUCAAGAGUGGAGAAAGAAUCGCCAUCUGUGGCCGCACCGGCAGCGGCAAAUCUUCUUGUGUCUCUUCCCUGUUUCGAAUGCUCGAUCUCGAUACUGGAUCGAUCGUGAUUGACGGAGUCGACAUUGCCAAGGCACCCAGGGAAGAGCUGCGUCGGCGACUCAACACGGUUCCGCAGCAGCCCUUUUUCCUCUACGGCAGCGUGCGCGAGAACAUUGACCCCCUCGGUACCGCGACUGACGAGCGUCUCAUCGAGGUGCUGACGGCCGUGCAGCUGUGGGAAGUCUUUGAGGAACACGGCGGUCUUGACGAGGACAUGGACGCGGAUCUGCUCUCCCAUGGACAGCGGCAACUCUUCUGCCUUGGACGGGCCAUGGUCCGCAGCGGCCGCAUCCUGGUUCUGGAUGAAUUUUCGAGCAGGUAUGUUAUGGAAAUACGCCCACUAUUAAUUGAGUUAACCUUUUUUCGAAGUGUUGAUGCCGAAACGGACGACAUGAUGCAUCGCAUCAUCCAUGAUGAGUUUGAAGGACAGACUGUGAUUGCAAUUGCGCACAAGCUAGACACGAUUCUCGACUUUGACCGCGUCGUGUUCCUGGACAAGGGCUCCAUUGCCGAGAUUGGCGCGCCGCGGGAGCUGUUGGCGACGGAGGGAUCGCUCUUCCGAGCUCAGUAUGAGAGUUGUGCGAACUAG